GUGUUUUGAGGUUACCACAAUUGACAUCCUGAUCAUGACAAUGGCAGCCCUCGACGUCUUCAACGUUCCAUACUCUGUGCCUCUCUUAGGAAGCACCGUCGUUAUACUGAUCGGCUUCAUUGCCAUCAAAGCUCUACGUGUUGGUUCACGCCCGAAGGGGCUGCCACCUGGACCGCCGACCGAGUUCAUCUGGGGCAAUACGAAACAGAUUGACCUGUUUUACCCGCAAUAUCAGUACAGGAAGUGGGCGCAGCAAUAUGGGCCCGUCUAUACAGUCAUGCUAGGCGAUACGGCGCACGUCGUUGUCAGCGGGCUGCGCGACGUGAGAGACAUUUUCAUCAAGCAGGGAGCAAGUUCCCAGAAUCGUCCGCCCUCUCGAUUCCAGUUGCUCAUGCGCGACGGCUUCUUCCCCGGCUUAAACAACGGAGAGAAGUGGCGACAGUCGCGCAGAAUGUGGCAGGCCGUGCUCAACAACAGUGCGGCGAAACAGUACUUACCGUAUCAAGAGCUAGAGACUCGCCAGCUCCUUUUUGAUCUUCUCAGGGCGCCGACGGAGUGGAGAGACCACAUUGAGCGCUACAGUAACAGUGUGGCCAUGACAAUGGUUAAUGGCAGGAGAAUUAUUGAUGCCGCGGACCCCCGUGUGAAGGAGACCAUUCAGGAUCUGUAUGACUUGGCCGAGACAGGCGUGCGCGGUGCAUUUCUGGAUUCCUGGCCAUUCUUGUGGAAGCUGCCGGAAUGGAUGUUCCCUGUUUGCAGGCAGGCCCGCAAGAUCGCCGCAAAGCAUCGUGAGUACAUCUGGAGGAAUUAUUCCGAUGUUGCAAAGCGGACAAGUCAGGGAGAGGUGCUCCCUUCGGUCAACCAUGCGAUACAAGAAAAACUCAAGCAAGGCUGGCCAGGGGUUUCAGAGAUCGAGGGUGCGGAAAUUGGCCAUCACUUGCUGACAGGCACAACCGACACUACCGCAUCUACCCUGAUCAACUGGGUCGCGGCGAUGUGUCUGCAUCCUGAAGCACAAAAAAAAGCUCAGGAAGAAAUCGACCGUGUUGUUGGGCCGAAUCGGCUACCCACCGACGCGGACGCGGCGAAUCUUCCUUACGUCCAACAGGUAAUCCAAGAGGCCCAGCGUUGGAUCACUGCAGUUCCACUAUCGCUCCCCCGCGCUGCCAACGCACCCGUACAUUGGGGAAAGUACACCAUUCCCGAAGAAACUGGACUGAUAAUGAACUCGCACGCCCUCCACAACGACCCUGACAUUUUUCCAGAACCAGACAAGUUUAAACCGGAGCGAUGGGAGGGAAAGCCCAAUGCCAGCUCCAACGGAGAUGCACAGCUUCUUUUCACUUUCGGAGCCGGUCGUCGAGUCUGUCCCGGGCAGCACCUUGCAGAAAGGAGUUUGUUUCUUGUCAUCUCGCAUUGGCUCUGGGGGUUUGACACACUACAAGCGACAGAUGAUGAUAAAAAUAAAAUCCCCAUUGACAAGGACGAUUUGAGACCGGGAUUCAUCGUGUGUCUCAACCCAUUUCCAGCGAAGAUAACGCCUCGCACGGCUCAGCAUCGCGAAUUGAUUGAAAGAAUUUGGAAGGAAGAAUUGGAAGUCUCACUUGACGAGAGUCAGCAGUGGAAGGCGACUCCGGAGGGUAUUGCGAGACUUCUGGAGAGAGUUGGGAAGUGA